GCCCGUUUUCCGUUGAUCUUACAUGGAAAUUCUUUCACUUUACUCUAUGAAGAAACAGAGAGAGAACUCGAUUGAAUGUUGAAUAUUUAUCAUGUGUUCAAAACUGGCGAUAACGACUUUUACAGUUAUUUUCAAGGGGGAACUGUGAUGUCAGAAUAUACCGUUGCAAAGUUUCUGAAGCCUGUCGAGUAAUCUCCUCUUCAUGGUGAGUAGAAGCCACCGGUCGAAUUAUAGUAAUGAAAAAGAUACUUGUGUUCCAGAAAUGUCGCACUGGUAAAAUAUGGUAUAAUGUAAUAACGUCUCUUGAUUGAUUUCUCAAAUGAACUAUUGUAAGAACUAUGUAUUCUUUUAGGACAUGAGAAUCGAUUGGAUUAGGCAUUUGAAUUAUGUUAGAAGAUCUUUUAUUUGUUGCGAUAGACUAUGUAUUUUUUUUUAACGACAAAAAGUCUACUUGAAAUAAUUGCUUUGCUCUUACGACGCUUUUAAGCGGUAACUUGACUCAGUUUUCAUUUGAAUUUCAGAGCGACGGUUGUGGAUAAUAUAUAUCUGUUUUUUUUUUUAAUGACAGUUUUAAAAAAUAAGUAAAAUGUUUGUUCAGUAUUUAUCGACAGUUUUAUUUCUUUUCUUCGUCUCGUCCAGGAAUGUAAUCUUUGCCGAGUGGGUGGAAAUUCCACAAUUUUCAGACGAAUCCAAAGUUUACAGAUUGCCUGUUAGACACGAUCAAAUUAAUAAAAUGCAUUUUGGAAAUCCUAUUCGUAAUGAAUUACGAAAUGUUAGUAGAUCGACUGUGGUUCGUAUGACGGAUGUUAAUAAAGUAAAAGAGAUAAUUAAUGAUCGCACGGAUCUGACGUCACAAUCAUUAACACAAGUUCGAAUCAAAGAAAGUAAUUCGCCAUUUAGUAAUAAACCACAGGAUAGUAAAAUAGAUUUUAAUGAAGAAAAUAUCAAAGAUAGUUUUGAUGGUAAAUAUGAUAGCGACGUUGAUAAUAAUAACGACGAUGAUCAUGUAUCGAUCGAUAUCGAACAAGAUGAAUAUAGUGAUGAUAUGCAGAUUCAAAUGGAAUCGCCUGUAAAAGUGGUAACGAAUGAAUUCGAGAUCAAUGAUGCUUCGUCCACUACGGAAAAUAUAAUUAUCAACGAAAGUGACAAUUCGCGCUACGAAACAAUAAAUCACGAAUCAUCGUUCUUUGAUUAUUUACCAAUGGAGACCUUGAAAAGUGUUCAUCAAACUUUAAAAUCGCAACCGGCUACACUAAAGGGAAAAAUACGAUUUUUGAAAACAUUCGAGAGAACUUUGAUGAUGGAAAUUGAAUCUAGAUUAGCUGCUACUUUAGCACCAUCCAGAAAAAUAAGAGGUGCUUCUGGAGAUCAUUACGAAAGUGAUGAUGACAGUUUAGGAUUUCCAUCAUUAGAAGGAGCACUUAUGGCUAUUUCAUUCCUUACUUUUGCUGUUUAUCUCGUGCGAUUAGUUAUGCUUCUCUUUCGAAAUCUGAACACUAGCGCUACUACGGCAACUGUAGUCGUUGGAAGAAAAAAAAGAUCUUCUGAACGAUUUAAUCAAGAUACUGCAAGAGUUCUUAAUUAUUUAGAGACAUUCGUGUCGCAUUAGGAAAUAUAGAAUUUGAAUGUUCCAUCGCGAAGCAAGAUUUAGAUUAAGGAGACAACUAUUAUUUGUUAAAUCAUUUUUGCAUAAUUAUUAUAAUAAAAUUAACGUAUACAGUU